UUACGACGUCAAAUUCGAGAGAGAAGAGAAUAUGUCUACCUCAAAUCCCUGGAAGCCCAGGAGCGACAAACCUUUGAACGGAAACAGCAGCUGAAAGAUGCGCUCGCUGGCGGAAAGAAUCUCCCAACCGAACUGAGGAAGGAUGCACAAAAGCUUGGAAAGGAUCUUGCAUUUGACGAGGCUCAGACAGAGCCGACUACACACAUCGACAAUGAGUAUUCUAGAGCAGGUAUCCAAGACCCAAAGAUUGUCAUCACAACGUCGAGGGACCCUAGUUCCAAACUAUUGCAAUUCGCCAAAGAAAUGCGUCUCGUAUUUCCCAACUCGCACCGCGUGAACCGAGGAAACUACGUUGUAAAAGAGCUCGCCGACGCAUGUCGGGCCAACGACGUGACCGACCUCAUUGUCCUUCACGAACAUCGAGGCGUCCCAGAUGCUAUGAUCGUAUCCCAUUUCCCCCAUGGUCCCACCGUUUAUUUCACCCUCAACAACGUUACGCUUCGACACGACAUUACCAGUUACAAGAACUCGACUGUAUCUGAACAAUACCCACACCUGAUAUUUGAAAACUUUUCAUCAAAACUUGGAGAAAGGGUGCGGGAUGUGCUCAAGUAUCUCUUCCCAGUACCGAAGGAGGACAGCAAGCGGGUGAUGACCUUUGCCAAUGAAUCCGAUUUCAUUUCGUUCAGACAUCAUGUCUUUGUGAAAACCGGGCGAGACGUGCAAUUGGCAGAGGUUGGACCGAGAUUAGAGAUGAAGCCCUACGAGAUCCGUCAAGGGACUAUCGAACAAACUGAAGCUGAAAAGGAAUGGGUCUUGUCACAUUAUACCCGAACCGCGAAAAAACGAAGUGUCCUCGCUGGCCCAACAUUCGCCGUAGAACCACCAUCAAAACGAAGUCGGACGUCAUGA